UGGUGGUGGUGGUGGUGGUGGUGGUGGUGGUGGUAUUACAACUACUAUUGCGUUUUUUUUUAUUUUGUAUUUAUUUCUUGUCAAGGGCAACAAAAUGCGAAAAAAAAAGAUCCUGGAUGCAAGCAGUCGCGAAUUACCCCCGUGUAAAAGACCCCUUUAAGAUUAGAUAGUGGUGGUUAUUACUAACAGCCUCGCAGGGAUCCAUACUCGUAGGUCUAUGGCUGGCUGUUCUUCCUUUGUGUUCCUUUGUGGUAUUUGAAGCUGCGCAGUGACAGUCUGGGAUCCAUUCACCUUUUGCUAUCCUACAUCUCAAGAUUAGACAGUGGCGCUUAUUACUAACAGCCUUGUGAGGGUCUAUCCUCGUAGCUCCAUUGCUGCUUGUUCUUCCUUUGUAGUCAUUUGUGUUAUUUGAAGCCGCGUGAUGACAGAAAACUUGUUAGUAUGUCACUGGAACCGUAAAAACACCCUUCAAAACACAUGCAACUUCAGCUAGAACCUCUUGAAAGUAGUCGGGUUGCAGUGUACGGUGUUGUUCUUUCUUUGCGUUCUUUUGUGUUAUUUGAAGUCGCUCGAGGACAGAAACCUUGUCAACAUGUCACUGGAACUAUAAAAACACCCUUCAAAACGCGAGUAACUUAAACUAGAGAGCCUUUGGAAAGUGGUCAGGAUGCAGCGUACGUACAGAAGCGUUUCAGAAUUUGGUCCUCAGUCUCGUAUUCUUUAACGUUUUGUUCUGGGAUCCAUUGAGAAGUGGCGGGAAGGUUUACGUGGUUCUCGGGAUUCACCUUGCGAUCGCCUUAAUUAUUUAUCCACAGGUGUCCUUAUUGCGGUAGGAAUUCUCUGUAGUAAUUAGAUUUAUUAAAGAAGAUUAUCGUUGCGUGUUUUUUUUAAGUUUAGUUUCUAUAUAUUUAUUUGAUUUAUUUAUUUAACCCUGUCUUUCUUUGCGUGUUCUAUACAUGUCAGAAGUAAAGGAAAGAUUGACGUGUUUAAAUGGACAGGCAAAUAGGAAGGCUGACAAACAGUAGGUAGACAUUGGUAGACAGAUGUAUAAACAGGCAGACAGAAUAAGUAAACAUACUCUCACAUGCAUACAGACAGACAGACUUACACAGAGAAUAGUUAAGGGUCUCAGCAAAGCGUCUCAACAAAGGAAGCGCUGUGACUGAUUAGGUUACUGCGUACUGCCUCACUGUGCGUAGCUCCCUCCAGUGUGGGCUCGGCGCGGCGCAAUCCAAUAAAGGUGUUACUCCCCGCUGCAGCAUUACCUGGCGUUCACGUGCCGCACUCUGACCCUUGCGUGUGCGUGCGUGUGGCGUAGAGGAGUGCGCGGGGAACGGGCGGCGGGCGAGGGCGGGGAGCACACGGGCACACCCACCCACGCGGCAAGGGAUAUUUCAGCUCGCAGAGAACCAUUGUAUGUACUGCAUGCACGUGACGGGGCAGUGUGGACCUGUAGGGGUGGUGGUGGUGGUGGUGGUGGUGGUAGUAGUAGUAGUAGUAGGAAUAGAAUAGUAUUACUAGAGGUCUUGGAAGUAGUAAUAGGGAGGAGGAGGGGUGUGUGUGUGACGACGACGAAGAUGCACAUAGAUUGGUUUAUCUGAAGCAUCAAGUUUGCUGUAGUCACAAGCAUCCUAAUAUGUCUGGCUGCUGUGUUCUUGUAGGAUGAUCAGCUGCUGUCCUGUGUGACCCUGUCACGUGCACCCCGCGAGGAUGUACGUGACGUAUGCUUGAAGGGUCAGGAGGUAGUACAGUAAGUGGGAAGUACAGUAAGUGGGAAAAUUAAGAGUUUUUGGUUACCCGAAAUGGUUUCCCAAAAAUGGUCUAAGUUCAUGUUAAUGUAAUGAGAAACUGGCACGUCGAUUUAGCGAGAAAGUGACGCGUCAUUCCUUCUCCCUAAAUGCUCAGGUUCAGAGAACUGUUUAGUCUUCGUUUGGUAGCGAGACCGUGGCACAGUACCCUACACCCAGUAAACAUCCCGGUGACUUAUCACCGUACCACAUCUCUCAUUCACGUAUGUACGUACAUACAUACGAGACGCGAGGCUUCCUGUUGGACUUAGAGUCGCAUUAACUGUGUAGUGUGUCAUGUUUGACUGGAACAAGUACAGUACAUGGUAUGAGGAAACGGAUUUGUAAUUAUGAUUAAUCGUCAGUCUGUAAGCUUCUCUUCAGUACACCAAAAACCGAUACAUUUAUAUUCUUUGAUGCCAUAAAAAAAAAAAAAAAAAUAGAACAUUUCGGAGAAUGGUUCAGCUCGGCUGCCACUUGGACGUCAUCAAGAUAAAGUGCCUUCCACAAAAAAAAAGCACGUCUGUCUUCCACGACUGUACGACUUCAGCUUAUUACGUGGACCACCUUGCGGUUGCGUUUGAAAAAAAAUAAAAUAAAUAAAGUUAGAUGAGAACAAAAUCGUAUGAGUCAAAAGAGAACCCUUCCUUAAAUAAAUAGACUACUUGUUAACGUGAAUUGCCAGCUGGCAUUUUGUGUAAACCAAGUGAAGUAUGGUGGUAAAGGGAAACAACUUGAUUCCUCGAACCUUUUGGGUAUUCUUUUCUCCGAGUCUACAGGUUGGAAGGUGUAGGAGUAGUGACAGUGUAGGUACAGGAGCUGCUACACCUCCCAGUCUGUACAUCGAAGAAGGCGGCUGAAAAGUUAGAGAAAUAAAGGGCAACUGCUCCAUCCUGUGUUUUCCACCGUCAAAAUCCACAAGAUGACCUUCCUGCCCUAUUCCGACACGCCAGCUGGGGAUCACACACACACACACACACACACACACACACACACACACACACACACACACACACACGAGAGAGAGAGAGAUAGAGGGAGGGACAAACUGACGCUCUCCGGAUAUCUUAUGGAAAACCCGCUAGCACUCGUGAGCCGGACACUGAUGCUGGUGCUGCUGGUGAUGCUGCCUCGUGACGGUGACGGGGAGGGUCAUGAAGAAUCUCGCUCUGCACACUGCCGCGGCCCUGAACUCCUGGUAGGCAACAACAAGCCGCCUCGCCACCAAGGUUUACCCAGCAGGCCUUGAGAUCCACCACUAAAGAGACGUAAAAACAAUCCCUGUGUCUUUUCAAGUGGGAAGGAACAUUAGUGGUGGUAGUUUUAUGUAUUUAUUUGUUUAUCUAUGAAGGGUGGAAUAAUAAUAAUAAAAAUAAUAAUAAUAAUAAUAAUAAUAAUAGUUUUGUUGUGUAUUUAUAGUUUAAGUAGACGUUAGAGGGACCUCGUGUUAUUAUUAAGUUGUUUUGAUGGGCAGUUUUCGUGACGUGAGAGAGAGAGAGAGAGAGAGAGAGAGAGAGAGAGAGAGAGAGAGAGAGAGAGAGAGAGAGAGAGAGAGAGAGAGAGAGAGAGAGAACCCACCAUCCCUUCUAUUCACCAUUACUACACAGAAUCAUUUACUAAAGCAACAAGAUGGCUUUCCUCGUACUUUCCCAUUCUUAAUCACCUCAGACACCACAGCGCGUCCUUGUGGUGAGAAUGGCGCAGCAGAUUCACUACCAUCAUCAUCACCACACACACACACACACACACACACACACACACACACACACACACACACACACACACACACACACACACACACACACACAGCUGGACUUGUUAUCUGAAACACUGAUUUACACACCUCCACAACUUUAAAAAGGCUGUAGUUGAAGUGACGGGGAUUUUAAGGCUGUUUUUACGGUUCUAGUCACAGAUCAAGGGGAUAUCUACAUUGUGAACAGGAAAAAAAAACACUCUUGACAACCCGGCUAGUCAUCUCUGUGGCCUUUGGAAGUUGUGGUGGUGAGAGCAGAGCAUUUCUAAACACGUGACUUCAGAUACAUAACCCCGCCUCUGCUGCGAUUCCCUUCCCCAGCCGCCGCCUUGGUAUCAGUCUGGCCUUCUCUUGCACCACGACUCUUUUCAAAGGCCACAGAGAUGAUUAACCAGGUUCUCAAGAGUGUUUCUCCUGUUAAUGAUGUAGAAAUCUUAUUAAUCUGUCACUAGAACCUUAAAAAACAUCCUUAAAAUUCCGUAUGACCUCAAUUAGAUGCAGUCGUAGAAGUGUUUCAGAAUAUAGUCCUCUUUCUGAAUGCGUUGAAGCGGAUCAGCUGGAAGGAAGGGCCGGCGGACGGGGGACGCGGAUGAGGGACUGCGCGGUGAGAGUUGACGUGAGGAAGGUCAUGAUGUGUGCCCAUGCUGGCUUUAGUCACGACGCGCCCCGCUUGUAAAGAUGGGCAAGGUAUUCUAGGCCUGUCAGGGUGAAGGAAGUGAGGCUCAGCAAGUCGUGAUGAAGAAAUGAAGAUGAAGAAUGAAAGUUAAUAAAUUGAAUCAAGAUUUGAUGAGUAAGGUUAAACAAGUCUGAAGAAGUGAAGACAAACAAGAAAGCCUUGACUUGGCCGGAUGAACGAGUGAAGAUAACCAAGUAAAUCUAGACAAUUCAAAUUAACGAUAAAGACAAGCAGAUCAAAAUAAACAACUCGAGUUAGAGAGUCAAGCCAAACAAAUAAGGGUAAGCAAGCCAAAAUAAACAAUGAUAGACAAGUCAAGAUAAGCAAGUCACGUUAAGAGUCAGGACAAACAAGUCGGACUAAAGGACAAGUCAAACUAAACAACUGUAUUCUGUAUAUUCCCAAGAGAAGCCACAGACACUCGGAAUUACAGGUCUGGUAUACGUACGGGCAGGGUCCCUCAAACGGAUCUGCCAGCACGCAUUUGAAGAAGAAACAUCGUGACGUCACCUGCGCCAACAACCUUCUUUUCACCUUGCCCCGCUCAUACAGUCAAAACAGUCCUUACAUGAUGCCAAAUUUUUGUUCAGUUCUUUGGUAAUAUAGCGAUAAGAGGAAAACUACAGGCACUGAAAUUAAAUACCCUGGAUUUCCAAAAGAUAAGGACAUUAGAGAGAUCCUGCAUUCUGGUGUGUUUCUGCUGCCCUCCACGGACCAGAAGUGUGAAAUUACCCCUUAAUGAGAUGCUAAAAGAUGCUAAACACUCGCGUUGGCUUCACCAGUGCACGGAAAAGGGAAAGAUUAAACUCUGAUUCCGGUAAUCGAUUCAUGCUUUGAUUCGCCUCUGGGUGGGUUGCAGAGAAGCGUGUCAGCAUGAGGAACGGGGAGAGUGAGGCCCGAUGAUCUGUAGGUUUAUAGCGCGCGUCACUCUGCAGGAUAUGAUUUACAUUCUUAGCAGGUAGGUUUCUCCCACUCCACUAACAUUCCGUCUACCAAACACGUUACCGAAUGCUUCUUCCAUGUUUAAUUAGGUUAGGGUUAGGGAAAGUCAUCAUUACGGUGAGUUUUUAUUUAUUUGAUGUAUUUAUGUAUGUAUGUAUGUAUAUAUGUAUGUAUUUAUCCACUUACGCAUCUAUCUAUCCUAUCAUUUAUUUGUUUAUUGAAGUUUACAUGGAGCAAUCUUCGUGAAUUGCGUGUACCAGGGUGGAGUUUUCCUAGAAGCGAAUGAUGAUGGAAGGAGGAAACGAGGGAUGCGAGGCGUGGCUGAAGGAAGCAAAUGAUAAUGAGGCUCUUGCGUCAUUCUCAGGGAGCAGCACGACCUCUAAAAAUCUGUUCAUGCCUCUGCUCUUGACCGACUGGCGCUCUCAUCACCACACACCAGCCAGCACUCAGCACUCCCCGCCGCGCCCCAGCCCUCACCGCCCCCGCCGCCGCUUCUUCAUGCCAGGGUGGGAAAGGAAGUGUUUGCGUCAGUAUGUAUGAAUUUCUAGGACAAGUGCGUGACGUUCUACCUACACACUGGAGUCAUUCAGUGGCUGUUGGCUGGAGGGAAUUACUUAAUGCCCUCACUUUGCAUAUAAGAACAUAACAUAAGAAAUAAGGGAAGCUGCAAGAAGCGACCAGGCUUACACGUGGCAGUCCCUGUAUGAAAUGUACCUACCUAUUUCCACCUAUCAUCUCCAUCCAUAUUUAUCAUCUAACUUUUUCCUUUCACAUUUUUAAGGAGUGGAAACUGAGGAGAUUAUUUAUUUUUGUCUUAUCCUAUUUAACAUCCAUUUCACCCCUAAAAAAAAAAAAACAGAGAAAAAAAAGUUCAUUCAUGACUCAUAGUGACUCACCGUACUCGUCAAAAGGGGAGGGAAAAGUUAAAAGCAAGUAAUAGAGCAAACAGUGCAUGAAAGGGAAGCGUAACUGGCCGUAGAUCCCCGUAAGCUGGGGUACUUCGCUCCCCUCCUGCAGCAGGCAAGUGGCGUGUGACGUGAGAGGGCUGUGCUGGGCUGGGCUCGAAUGGGCUGGGCUGGAUUGGGCCGGACUAAGUUGGACUGUAUUGGGCUUGGCUGGGAUGCAAUGGGCUGAACUAUUCUGGAAUGGGACUAGUCUGGUCUGGAAUGCGCUGGGAUGGCCUGGGUUAGUCAAAUUUAGAUUUCACUGGGCUGGGCUGGGCUUGGAUGGUGUAGACGGUGUGAGGAUCGCAUCGUUUGAGGUGGCCCAUGUGUCGUGGCAUUGAUGCAGCGGGUAGUGUGAUGGACGCAGCUGUUCCCUUCAGUAUUAAGGGUGAGUGACCAUCGGUACGGGGCACUGGGCCGGGGCGGGGCGGGGUCUUUAAAGAAGCAAACUGAAGAGGGUGGUAGAAGGUCGGCGGAUUGAAUUACGGCCAGUAUACGCAUACAGGGUGUGUGUGUGUGUGUGUGUGUGUGUGUGUGUGUGUGUGUGUGUGUGUGUGUGUGUAGAUGCGUUAGUGUUCUUUAAAGUUCUGUUGACAUUACGUAAUUAUUUAGUGUUUACAGGAUACUACUGGGAGUGAAAAGACUUAAUAAAAACGGAUUACGUGAAAAGCAGCUUAGUUUAGGUUAGGUUAGAUUAUGCUACAUAGUCCAAGUCAGCAUGGCUCAUCCUAACAUCACUGUGACCCAGAAUAACCUAACCUUACUGAUUCUAAGCCCUACGCACCCACAAAUAGCUUGGCGGUUGACCUCCGUGUGAUGCAAGGACAGAGAAGGUUGCUGUGACCCCACGGGAGAGGAUCUAGUGACCUCAUGAACCGCAUUCUCAAACACUUCAGCGCCUCAUCAUAUGUAACAGACAAGUGGAAGUUAUUCAGCUUUUCAGGGAUGUUUUUGUGAUUCUAGUGAUAAUUUUAACAAGGAGAUUUGCACCAUGAAAUUAAACACAUCAGAGCUCGAUUAAUUAUAUCUAUGUGGCAUUCAAAGGUAGUCCCACUGAGAGCCCUAAGCGCAUCAAAAUUUAGAUCUAAUUCUCUAAAAAAGGAUCAGAACCCGAUUAAUUACCCAUGUGGCCUUUAAAAAUAAUCCAAUUGAGAACCCUAAGCGUCUCAGAAACUCAGAGCUACGGAAACCUCAAGGAAGGAUGACAGAAGGACACGCCAACCACACAUCUAAAUAAUAAUAAUAAUAAUAAUAAAAGGAAGAAAAAAAAUCAUUGGCUUAAGGUGGGAGGAGACUGUAGCGGUGGCGAACUGCAGACUUGACUGUGAAGUGUGUAUUUGGGGUGUCAGGGAGGGGCGAUGGUGGCAGCUAGGCCUUUGUGGGGAGGGGCGACUGUGGGGAGCUUGUGUAUGGGAGGGGUAAUGUGUGGCGUGGCGUGGCUGGAGGGACAUGUGGUGUGAUGCAGUGUGUGGCUUGGCGUGGCGUGGUGUGACGUUGCUUGGCUUGGCGUGGCGUGGUGUGAGUUGGUGGUGCUUGCUGAUUGGUUUGACCGGCGGUGGAUGGAGGGGUAGGCUGAUGAGUGGCUGUCACGGGAGGGGGCCAGGGGUGGGUGGUGUGCCCCUUGCUGUAUAUAGUCUUUAGGUCAGGUUAGGAAGCGCCGCGGGUUUAAUAUGAGGAUGCAACACGAAAUAUCAGUACGGCGAGUGACCAAUGCGGAGUUUCGUUUCGUAUUGGUGUAGCGUGUUGCGAGAGAGAGAGAGAGAGAGAGAGAGAGAGAGAGAGAGAGAGAGAGAGAGAGAGAGAAGAUAUGACUUAAGUUAUAUAUAUACUUACUAAAAAAAGUUAAGAUAUAUACUGAUAGAAACUUUACUGCAUUUUUUAGACGACUUUCUAACGCACUCACACUAACAUACCAUCCUUAUCAGUGUGUGUGUGUGUGUGUGUGUGUGUGUGUGCUCGCGCAUUCAUAACAGGGGACGAGAUGAUGUGAGGUGAGGUGAGGGAGGAAGGGUGCAAGAGUGUAGUGGAGUGCAGUGGGUGGGGCUGAAGCGCGGCUAUGUAUGGCGAGGGAGCAAGAGUGGGUGGAAGUGAGGAAGCCGAGUCAUGCUUGCCUGGUGUUGUGCUCAUAGACCCUCGGGCCACGGGUGCUGGGCGUGCUGCGUCUAACAGGUGUUCGUGGCGGGUGGGGGAGGAGUGAGAGGAUGAAAGGAACACUGGCAUGGGGCAGCGUUACGGGAGGAGGCGGUGCAGUAGCGGCGGGCGGGCAGAGAGUUGGGUCUCCGCACACACACAGAGGCGCGGUAACGGAUACCACACACAGAUGGAUGGACAGACAAUGCCCUCACAGCUUUAAACACAGUGCCACCACCACCACCACCACUACCACCACUGCCUCCUCAUCUUCUUCCUCCACAGCGGAUCUUGUGUGUGUGUGUGUGUGUGUGUGUGUGUGUGUGGUGCAUGGAGGUCGUGUCUCAGUAUCUCACUUCCUCUCUUAUUUUCUCUCCCGCAGUUCACAAAUGUUUCGCCCUUCUAUCUUGAUUUACCUCUCGACUUUUUUUUUCUUUUUCUUCCUCUCUCCCCUUUCCUCCUCUUCCUUCCUUUCCAUUCCUACCUUUCCUCCUUCACUUCUUUUUGUCCCUUUUUUUUCUACUUCACUUUCCUCCUCCUCCUCCUCCUCCUCCUCCUCCUCCUCCUCCUCCUUUGCCAAACUAUCAUUACCUGGUACCAGUAGUAGUAGUAGUAGUAGUAGUAGUAGUUAUUGUUGUUGUUGUUGUUGUAGUAGUAGUAGUAGCAGUAGCUCUUCCUCCUCCUCCUCUUCUUUUUCUUUUUCUUCUUCUUCUUCUUCUUCUUCUUCUUCUUCUUCUUCUUCUUCUUCUUCUUCUUCUUCUUCUUCUUCUUCUUCUUCUUCUUCUUCUUCUUCUUCUUCUUCUUCUUCUUCUUCUUCUUCUUCUUCUUCUUCUUCUUCUUCUUCUUCUUCUUCUUCUUCUUCUUCUUCUUCUUCUUCUUCUUCUUCUUCUUCUUCUUCUUCUUCUUCUUCUUCUUCUUCUUCUUCUUCUGCCUCCUCCUCCUCCUCCUCCUCCUCCUCCUCCUCCUCCUCCUCCUCCUCCUCCUCCUCCUCUUUCUCUUCCUAUUCAUCAUUAUCAUCAUCAUCAUCAUCAUCCAUAGAACUCAGCAGUUCCUCCUGCUCCUCCUCCUCCUCCUCCUCCUCCUCCUCCUCCUCCUCCUCCUCCUCCUCCUCCUCCUGGGUCCACACAAGAGUACACCCCAUCCCAGCUCUCCAUAAAUAAGGAGGGCGAGGUAGGCUUUGUAUAAAUAAUCAAGGGAAAGUAGAACGUCAAGAUAUGUGAGCGACUUAACUCAGGGAUUGCCACAGACAGGCAAGACGAGGCGGCCUGUGUGGAGGUAUGGAAGUGAAAAAAAGGUAGACUGUCCGUAUACGAGGAAAAAUUCUUAAAGGGACAUGACGGAAUAGGAAGCAGCAGCAGACCUUUUGGACCUUACCCACCUCACCAUAGAUUAAAGAUGAAUAAAAGCAAAGCGAAGCAAAUAACUCCAUAGAUAAGGGUGAUGAAGAGCUGAGGAAGGGAAGGAACUACAAUAACAUAUUCCAUAGAUAAGGAUGAAGAAGAGUGGACGUCCCAUGUAUGAGAAAGAUAAAAUAAGAUAAGACUCUCCAUUGGUAAGAACGAGGAAGAGUUGAGGGUUUAUAUAUGACGAAGAAGACUCGAUGAUACAGCUCUUCCGCUCUGGAGAGAUAAGGGUGAGGAAGAAUGAACGUCCUCGUAUAUGAUGAAGAUAAGAUAAGGCUUUCCAUAGAUAAGAACAAGGAAAAGUUAUGGGUUUACAUGUGAGGGAGAAGACUGGAUGAUAAAGCUCUUCCGCUCUUCAGAUAUAAGGAUGAGGAUAUAAGGAUGAGUGCAUGUUUCAUAUAUGUGGAAGAUAAGGCUCUCCAUAGAUAAGAAUGGGAAAAAAGUCGAGUGUUCUUAUAUGAGGAAGAAGACAGUGUAUAGUCCCGCCCUUCAUAGUUAACCCUUUCUUUGCGAUACAAAACAAUUAACAGCACCAGAACGAUUGCAUGAAUUCUUUAUAAGCAUCUGCAAGAAAGAAGGGGAUGAAAAAGAAUAAAUUUUACAACUUCUACCCAGUUUAAAGGUUGGAGGUGGCUGUAGAACAAAUAAAGGUAACUCAUAGUGUUCAGUAAUAAAGGAAAGACGUAGCAAAUAGCAGUCAAAGGGUUAAGAAUGAGGAAGAGGA